AUGGUCUCCCCCAAGAAUUAAGAAUAUCAAACAUUAACAUCAAUAUUUUACUUCCACUUUUACCAUUUUUCCUGAACUGAGAUUCAUUUUCUCUGGGAAUGUCAGAAUGGGGGCAACUACUUGUAUUAGUCUAAUUAAUUAGUAACACACACUUCAACUGCUCUAUGGAUGCAUUAGUCAAAUAUUAUAUAUCACUCUUUCCUGUCUUUAUACUCUUUGUUAUUUCACACUUCCUUUAGAUCCCUUGUCUCUCUAUACCCCAGUUAAUUGAGGCCCGAACCAAUAGUACCCAUUUUUGCAUUAACCAAAGAAGCCCUUCACCUCUUUGUGUUUGUCCUCUUGCCCACUUCAGAAUAUAUGACCUUGUGUCAUCUUCUUCCUCCUCCACUUCACUCCCAAUCUGGCCCCUCUUCAUUUCUUUGUCUUUGUUGGGUUGUUGAAAAGUUGCUUUCUUUCUCUUCUGGUUACAAUUUCCCAGAAAAGACUCCUGAUUUGAGGUGUGUUUGGGGUGUUUUGAUCGUUUGGGUACAAUGGAGGUUUGUUGUGAUCUUGAAGUGGAUGUUAAUGGUGAGGAGUCUUUCAUGGUGAACAAGCUAGCUAGUUCUCAUCCAACACUGGCUUUUGAUGACUAUUUCUGCAGAGAGUUAUUGCUUCCUAUUCGGGCAAGUUGAGCAAGUUACUUGGCAAAUCAAAAGGUUCCACAAGAAAUCUUAAAGUUGUCUUCCAUGACUUUCCAGGAAGGGCAGAGAGUUUUGAGCUCAUUUCAAGGUUCUGCUACAACAAUGGCAGCAUUGACAUAACUCCUUCCAAUAUUUCCCUCCUACAUUUUGCUGCCAUUUUCAUGGAAAUGAACAUUUCUGUUUCCGGAGCACGCAAUUUGUUUGAAAAAACCGAGAAAUCACUUGAAGAGAUGAGGUAUUGGACUUGGUCUGAGCUCUUGAUUGCUUUGAAGCAGUGCCAAGAUUUACUUCCGGCAACUAAUUGUUUGCCUCUACUUGAGAAAUGCUUGGAUUGCAUUGUGGGAAGACUGGCUUUGGCCAGUGAAGCAAGUCCAUGUCCUUCAACUUCAUCCCCAGAUAGCUCUGGCAUUCGGUUUUCGUGUGACACUAGAAGCACCGAGAGCUUGAAAACCAGCUCCUCUCGCUCAACAUGGUGGUUCGAGGAUCUUCUAGUUUUAGGUCCCAAUUUGGUUGAAAUGCUGGUGAAGUCCAUGGUUACUCGAAAGUUUGAUCAUGUUACUAUCAGUAGGUUCCUCUUUUAUUACCAGAAAUCGAAGUUCUACACUGUCGAAUCCGAUGCCAAGCGCACUAUUGCAGAAGCAGUCAUUGAUAUGCUUUACAUUCUUGAUCAGAGCUCUGUUUCUUGCAAAACUUUGUUUUGGAUUCUUCGUGUUGUUCAGAAUAUAAACAUAAACAAAAGCAGCAGGAAUAAGUUGGAGAGCAUGAUUGGCUCACAGUUGGAUCAAGCAUCAUUGGAUAACUUGCUUGUUCCUUCCCCACAUGGGAUCAAUCACUUGUAUGAUGUCAAUCUUGUUUUGAGGUUUUUGAACUCAUUUCUGCUCGGAGGAACAGCAAAAGCGUCUCCUAUGAGAUUGAGGAAAGUUGGAGUCUUGGUGGAUUUGUAUAUAGCAGAAGUAGCCCCAGAUCCUUGUUUAAGGCCUUCAAAGUUUCUGGCUUUAGCCAUGGUCCUGCCAGAUGCUGCUAGAGACUCCUAUGAUGAACUUUACCGUGCCAUCGAUAUGUAUCUAGAGGUACAUGGAGGAUUGUCCGAAGAGGAAAAGAUGAAACUCUGUUGUUUAUUUAACUAUGAGAAGCUCUCGGAAGAAGCUUGCAUACACCUUUCUCAGAAUGCAAAAUUCCCAUCAAAAUCAGCAGUCCAAGCUCUCAUUUCUCAGCAAGUCAAGCUUAAGAGCUUAGUUCAUGCCACUAACAAUCCCAAGUCCUAUGGUGACUCCCCUUUUAGUGUCGCUGAGGUAGAUAAUGAGGGAAGGAAUGAUCAUGAUUCCAAUGAACAACGCGUGCUUUAUGCUGGAAAACUUGAUCUCUCGGCUGACAACGAGAAACUGAGAGAACAUUUACAUGGUAUGCAGUGGAGGGUCAUGGAGUUGGAAAAAAUGUGCAAGAAAAUGCAAACCCAAAUGGCAAAGUUCACAAAAUCAAGAGUGUUAUCAAGCCACAGUCAUGCAAGAUCUUUGCCCAAACUUUGUUCAUGAUAGUUUUGCAUUUCAUUUAUUUUUAUUUUUAUGAAGUACCAUAUCUCAUAUAUGUAUAGCAAAAAGGAAUGGGUGGGGGUUUAUGACUUUUUGUGUUUCUAACAGUUUUCUUUCUUUUCUGCAUAACUAAAGGUGAACUCUUGGUUGUAUACAGUUACAGAAAGAGAACUGCUGUUGAUUCAUUUUGUUAUGACUAGUCCCUAUUGAUUUUUCUGUAGUGGUCUUGGUAGAACAUGGGAAUUCAAGGUUAAGUCAUUUUCCUCAAGUCACUCUCACAUUGGGGCAUUCUCUAAUGCAAUGCAAGCUGGAAAGCAGCUUGAUGUCAAAUUUGAGAGGGAAUGAAAAGCUGAGCAUAAUUCAUUA